AUGUCAGGCUCUGGGAGAAAAGACUUCGAUGUGAAGCACAUCCUGCGACUCCGCUGGAAACUCUUCAGCCACCCGUCGCCAGCCCCAGGCGGCCCGGCGGGGGGCGGCUGCCUGCAACAGGACGGCAGCGGCAGCUUCGAGCACUGGGGCCCCAGUCAGAGCCGCCUGCUCAAAAACCAAGAGAAGGGCAGCGUGAGCACUUUCUGGAAGAAGCCUUCCUCUUCUUCCUCCUCUCCUUCGUCUUCCUCCCCUUCGUCUUCCUCCUCUUCCUUUAAUCCACUGAAUGGCACCCUGCUGCCAGUGGCCACAAGGUUGCAGCAAGGGGCGCCGGGGCAGGGCACCCAACAGCCAGCCAGGACUCUCUUCUACGUGGAGUCUCUAGAGGAGGAGGAGGUGCCAGGCAUGGACUUUCCUGGACCACACGAUAAAGGGCUGGUCCUGCAAGAGCUCAAAGUGGAGCCGGCCAACUCAAGCCAGGCAACAGGUGAAGGAUGUGGACACAGGUACAGUAAGACCCCAUGGGGCAUCCAAGCAUCUCCCAGUUUCCACUGA